GAAUACUUUUUGGUUAUCCCUCGUACACAGUUUUAAAGUGUGCAUGGUAUUUACUGUCAAAUCGUGAAAUCUGUCAAAAAUAACUGUCACUGCUGUCAGAUUCGAAUCUUAGGUUCGAAUAUGGUUCGAAUUGUUUGAAUAUUUGUGCCGUCUUAUACACUGUUUUAUAGUUUUAUUUUAUACGACUUCCUUUUAAAAAUGAAUACGUCGUUCGAAUUAGUAAGUUCCAUGUCUCCAAAGGUUAAUAAAAACCAUAAACCCGUAAAAAAAGCCCCGACGAUCUUAGCACUAAAGAAAUAUUUAAGAAAGUCACUUGCGUUGAAUAACGCGUUUGCUUCUACGAAAAACGAAUCGAUUAUAAGCAUAAAAUCGAGUAGUGCAAGUUCCACAUCUGAUACUCGUAUUGUAAAUUACAGUCCUAUAGUAAUUUCUGACAGUGAAAACUCUUUUUCUAAUAAGACAACACCUGUGAAACUUGCAGUUGGGUUACUAGACAAGGAACACACAUCUCCAGUGCGAAAAAAAAGUGAAACAGGGCUAUCCAGUGAGAAAUAUAAAAAUAUACAACACUGGCUGGAUAAAGUUAAUAGUUCUAAAAAGGAUUUGUCCGCAUUUACUGAACUGUCUGCCAUUGCUGGAGAUGAAAGUUCUGGCUUCAAACCUCCAGAAAUAAAUGUUGCAGUCAGUUCAACACUACUUGACCCAGAAACAAAGAGGUUUGAUCAAUUAUUUGAAACAAAAGAAACUGCCAUGGGGGUGGAUUUAAAUAUAUCACAACAGAGUAGUUAUAAGAGUGAAAAAGACUUAAAUGAUCUCUCAUAUAAAAGUAAUAAUUUAGUAUUAAAUGAUAGUUUAUUAAGUGAGAACGGUCCAAACGACUCUAAAAACACUAUUGAUGACUCAUUUCAUUUAGAAAUUAAUGAAAGUUUAAGCACAAGACUCCAAAAAGAAAACAAUGACAAUCUUGGUAAACGUGAUAAUGAUAAGCAAAAUCCUGAACUAUGUGAUGACUAUGAAAACUUAUUAGACAGUUUAUAUGGUAAUAGUUGGAGAGAGAAAAAAGAAGACAUUUUACCAUCAUCUGAACCAAGAGCAAAGAAAAAAAUUGAUUAUGUGUCAAUCAAAGUUCCCAAUACUGAAAGACACACAAAUAAAAUACCUGUUAAUGCUCAUGAAGACAAUGGCUCAAAUUUGUUGAAAGCUCUACAAAAAGCUAGAUUUAAAAAGACUCUAGAAUCACCUUUGAUUACAUCUGUAAAAAAAUUGUGUGAUAGUGAUACAGAGUCAGAGAAAAGUGACAGCAAUAAUUACGUACUGCCUCGUAUGAGACUUAAUUUUAAUGAAGAUGAUACUAAUACAGAGAAUAGAGAGAAUCUAAUACCUCCCAGUUCAAACAUUUUUAAAAAGAAAGCACGGAAAAAAGUUACUAUUGAAAAAAAAGCAGACCCACCUUCAAAAAAUAAAAUUACAAAAAAUACAACAUACAGUUUUUUGGCUUCACUGUCAGGAAGCGUGCCUGUUGAAAAGUGUAAUUUGUCAGCCCUAAUCUUCCGAAAUAAUUUUCACCAACAUAAAGAAACACUAGCUGCAAAGCUAUUUCACUUAUUUAAUGAAAACGUUUUUGAGAAUUUAAUACCCAAAGAAACACCCAUUGAGUGGAAUGAUCGAAUGAGAGGUACUGCUGGAAUGUGUUCAUGUAAAAAAACCACCAGACGAACGGGAGUUGUCGAGCGAACAGCGAAAAUUAUUUUAGCCAAAAAAGUACUAGAUUCAGCAGACCGACUAAGGGACACGUUGAUACAUGAAAUGUGUCAUGCCGCGACUUGGAUAGUUAAUGAAAUUUCUGAUGGUCAUGGACCUUUUUGGAAGUCAUGGGCUUGUCGUGCAAUGAAAACGUUUCCAGAACUUCCGCCGAUUCGAAGGUGCCAUAAUUAUGUAAUUAAUACCAAGUACACUUACAGAUGUGUAGCGUGUGGAUACAGUAUUGGAAGGCAUACAAAGUCAUUGGACAUUGACCGAAAGCGGUGUGGAUACUGCUUUGGAAAAUUCGAGGUUUUGAUUAAUAAAACUAAUAAACAAGGCGAAACCAAAUCUGUUCCUGUGACGCCAAGAAAACCAAAAGGAUUUGCGUUGUUUGUCAAAGAAAAUUAUGCAAACUGUAAAACGCCAGACUUAAAGCAUGGUGAUGUCAUGAAAGUUUUGGGACAAAAAUUUGCUGACAUGAAAGUCAACAAAACUUAAUUUUGUAUAAAGACUGAUUUUAUAACAAAAACAUACAAUAAGA